AUGAAGGUUGAGUUUGCCCCGCUCAACAUCCCGCUGGCGCGGCGGCUGCAGACGGCAGCGGUGCUGCAAUGGGUGCUGUCCUUCGUGGUGAUGGCGCCGGUGUGCGUGGGAAUCUUUCUGCUGCUGGUCAUAUACAACUAUUGGUUCAUUUACAUCCCUUACCUGGUGUGGCUUUACUUUGACUGGCGGACCCCGGAGAAAGGCGGCAGGAGGAGCCAGUGGGGCCGAAGCUGGACUGUGUGGAAGCACUUUAGGGACUAUUUCCCAGUCCACCUCAUCAAAACGCACGAUUUGGAUCCAAGUCGCAACUACAUAUUUGGAUUUCACCCACAUGGAGUGAUGGUGGUUGGAGCCUUUGGGAACUUUAGUACAAACCAUUCGGACUUCAGCAAGCUGUUUCCUGGCUUAACGGCGUACCUUCAUGUGCUUCCAUUUUGGUUCCGAUGUCCUUUCUUCCGAGAAUACGUGAUGGGCAGUGGGCAUGUCUCAGUGUCCAAGAGAAGUGUGUCCCACGUGCUGAGCAGAGAAGAAGGAGGAAACAUCUCUAUCAUUGUCCUCGGAGGGGCCAAAGAGGCGCUGGACGCGCACCCUGGCAGCUGCACUCUGUUCAUUCGCGAGCGGAAGGGGUUUAUUAAGAUGGCUUUGACCCACGGUGCCAGCUUGGUCCCAGUGUUUUCUUUUGGAGAAAAUGACCUCUUUAAACAAGUGGACAACCCUAAAGGCUCGUGGCUUCGAAAGCUGCAGGAUAACCUACAGAAGGUCAUGGGCUUUGCGCUGCCUCUCUUCCAUGGCCGAGGAAUUUUCCAGUACAGUUUCGGCUUCCUGCCCUACCGGAAACCUGUCCACACUGUAGUUGGCCGCCCCAUCCAUGUCGAGAAAACUCUGCAGCCAACCCCAGAGCAGGUUGAGGAGCUGCAUCAGACUUACUUGGAAGAGCUCAGGAAGUUAUUUGAGGAACACAAAGGAAAAUAUGGCAUUCCAGAGGACAAAACUCUCAUUUUCAGAUAA